GCUUAUCUUGGAACCCAGGCUUACAUUUGACAUGGCAGUCUCGCAUAGCCAAAAGGUACCCGACGUUACCGGCCAUGCUGCCGCCCAGCUGGCUCACCAGUCCGAAACCCUCCGCAUCGACAACCAGCGAGCCGUCGAAGAAAAGGAUGAGACGAUCGAUGCUCUCCAGAAGGAUUUUGCAGCACCGAGGAAUGAGGCCACAUCCAGUGCGGUCCUGGCCCAAGAGCGGGGGGCGGCCUUGAUCAAGCAAGAAGCCGAGACAGAACACCGACUGGCCUCUAUCCUGCCGCUUCAUUCCAUUGGCGAUGAUCCUCGGGAGAUGGAGGACAAGGAGCGGGAACGCUUGAUAAAGAAGAUCACAGAUGAGGCUGAUCUCGCCAAGACCGAAAUGUUGGACCACCGUCGCGAGGCCGCAGCUGAGCUGGUCGAGGCCGAACAUGCCAAGACCGCGGCUGAGGCCGAGGUUGACCGGCUUCGUGAUGGUGUCGAGGAAACCGACAAGAAGUUGUUCCAGCACUCUCAACUGGUUGCACAGCUCCGGGUUGAAUCCGCGGGCCUCAACAAGGUCCUCCUCUCAAGGGGGCAGAGGAUAUCGUCGCUCGACAAAUCCUUCCAAAAGCAAAUGGCCAUCCUUUGCCAGCGCGGGUUGCAGCUUCGUCAAGCCACGAAGGACAAGGAAGCGCUCCAGACUCGACUAACUGAGGUUGAGCUGGAAUUCAACUCCUUGAAGGCCGCUGCCGAUAGGAAUGCAGAGAGCGUCCAGGUGGAGGUUUCCAGGGCCGAUGCUGCAAUGGAUCAGCUUCGCCGUACUCGCAUUGAAAGCACCGAAACUGUUUCCGAGCUCCGGGUUCGAUGUUCGACCUUGGAAGACGACAAAAAGAAGCUGACCUUGGAUCAUGACGUCCUCGGAACUCGUCUGGCCACUGCCGAUAAACUGUCCCGGGCCGCGGCGGCUGAGGCGACCCAGCUUUCCACUCGUUUGAACGAGACGGCGGCGGAGUUACAGCUCGAACGCGAGGCUCAGGAGAAGGUGCAUAAGCUGGAAGGCGCCGUAGCCGGGCUCGAGGGGUCAUUGACCCAAUCGAACACGGCCAUGGUCGCUGAGAAGGCACGCACCACGCAAGCCCAAGCGGAGCUCGCCGUCAUUCAAGGGUCGUUGGCUCAGGAGAAUGCAAACAUCGUCGCCGAGAAGGCACGUUGUACGCAAGCGGCAACAGACCUCGUUGCCGUCCAAGGGUCUUUGGCCCAAGCGAACGCGGACAUCAUCGCUGAAAAGGGACGCACUCGGUUUGCCCUCGCGGCCCAAAUCCCUGGAUUCUGCCAUGCCAAUAGCGCUGCCCCGUCCUUGUGGACUCUGGAACGUUGGGACAUUGACGAAGCUCCCGUAGAACCCUAUGUGCAAGUAUGCGACUUGUACGCCGCGCUUUGCAACAAGUCGUGGUCCGGCUGCAUGUUGUUUGGCCUCACACGGUUCACAACCGCUCUGGCGCACACCGACGGCGUCCAUGUCGCCACUACACAACUCCUCUCGGAUCAAGCCCUCCAAGCGCGGGAAAGACUCGACGCGACACCCGUCGCACUCAUGUGCGGCCUUGCCAUCUUAAACAAGACCCGGGGUGUGUGGGAAUAUGGCGUCUCGGUAAAUUCCGGUUUCUUGGACAAAAUGUGCUGGCAUCGCCCCGGGUAA